CCGAAUGCAAAAUACCAUCAUGGGACGUAAAAUUAUGCGAAUCGUUUUAUUUUUUGUUUCAAUUGUCCAAAUUAGAUCUGAAAUAUGCAUGAAUGAAACAUGCGAGUACCAUUUUGUGGUGCGAAGGUCUCGUACAAUGAUGCAUACGAAGCGGUAUGCAAGUGGAUGGGAGGAUUCAAACUUAGUAGAACUAAAAGGAAGACACCUAUAUAUGAAGCCAUCACAAUUUCAUCGAGACACAAAUAGGAAUACAUCUGUGAAUCCGGAUGACAUCAUAACAGCAGAUGGCUUAUCACGAAACAUCAUUGUCGUAAAUGACCAGUUUCCUGGACCACCGAUAGAGGUCACUGAGGGGGCUCAGGUUGUUGUACACGUUGAAAACCAAUUCAUCGCUCAAGGGACAUCUAUACAUUGGCACGGAAUGCAUCAGCGAAGAACGUCCUAUAUGGACGGUGUUUCGUUCAUCACACAAUGUCCUAUACAGCCAAAGCAGACAUUCACGUAUAGGUUCAAAGCUGAUCCUGUUGGUACUCAUUGGUACCAUUCACACAUAACAAACCAGAGAGCCGAUGGUUUGUUCGGUAUGCUGAUUGUUCAUGAUAAGAAAAAGCUCAAACGAGUCCAACAAGCUGCAGAAACAGUGAUAAGGUUUCCAUUUAUUUUGAAUGACUGGCAACAUACUGAUGCGUCGACACUUGAUCUUAUGUCGCCAUGGCGACAGGAGAGGCGAGGGGCUGGAGAGCUGGUCAACCCGCCUUCCCACAGGGGAUACAGUCACGACGGUAUCAAGACUAGCUCGUUACAAUACAUAUCAGGGAUGAUCAAUGGGAAGGGCAGAUGGAAUGGCAAUCUCGCGCCACUGACGGAAUUUAACGUGACGUCAAACGCUAGAGUUGUCUUCAAUCUCGUGAACGCUGGUUUGGAGUAUGCCUUCAAGGUCUCAAUUGAUCAACAUAUGUUAACUGUGACGCAGUCUGAUGGACAUGAUAUCGUUCCAUUUGUCUGCCAAUCAUUGAUCGUUUAUCCAGGAGAGAGUUACGAUUUAGAGAUUACUGCUAAUCAGACUAUUGAUAAGUAUUGGGUCAGGGCGGUCACCCUCCGGGCCGGGACAGGAUGGGAUCCGAUUCCUGAUAAUAUCACAUGGGACGCCCUAGCUAUAUUAUCAUACGAAGGAGCAACUGGAAAAAUAGAUCCCGAGUCGUCUCCAAUCACGUGUUUGGUUGAUGCGAAUUGUGUAGUUCUCAAUUGCCCAUUUGCCGGAUAUCCGGAGAGUGAAAACAUACGUUGUCAUAGCAUCGCUGAGACGAGACGAUUAGGUGAUGAUCACGACCAUGAUGUAAUUGCGGGUAGAGCUAAUGACUCGUACGUUGAACAUAUCCUGAACUUUGGAUUUCCUAUCGGCUCUUCGAUCAACGCUCAUAAAUUCAAGAACCCAAAUGCGCCAUUACACGAACCGAACAAUGGUGCUGUGCCCUGCCCUGCAAAUAACGAGUGCGCCACCAGUGGAAAGGGUUGCUUAUGUACAAAUACGAUCGCCUUAAAACACAAUCAACUCAUCCGAUUAACCUUCACAAACUAUGGAUCGUAUCCCACAGCCAGACUCGCGCAUCACUUCAUUCACCUCCAUGGGCACAGCUUUGAAAUUUUAAAAAUGGGGUAUCCUGAGUACAACAUUACGACGGGUCGUAAAACUGAAAACAACACGGAUAUUGUCUGUGAGAAUCAACAUUGUAGUUUGCAUCACUGGGCGGAAGGCCAUCCAAAAGAUUUGAAUUUUGACCACCCUCCUUUGAAAGACACUGUUGUUGUUCCCUCUGCUGGCUACGUUGUAGUUCAAUUUAGGGCUGAUAACCCCGGUUUCUGGUUUAUGCAUUGUCACGCUAUUCUUCACGUCAUGGAGGGGAUGGAACUUGCUUUUAACGAGGCGGAGGAAUUACACCUUCCACCGCCAAAGGGUUUCCCUACAUGCGCACCUUUCACAUGGACUGCGGAGGAAUACAACCGAACUAUACGUGGUGAAGCUGAGACAACCACAACGAUAGCGACGACAACUGAUAGACUAGAUGUGACCGUGAAACCUUUAGAUCAACAAGGUCAAUACAACUCUACUGUGUUUUGGGCUGUGGUUGGACCUAUGAUCGCUGUCAUCGUUCUUCUGGUCAUAGCGUUGUGUUGUGUGGUAAAAAGGAGCAGACAUGAAAAGUUUAUCCAAGAGCACAAACAUCAAAUAAACCCUACCGAUAGCAGUGUGUAUUACGAGGGAAAAUUAACUAGUUUAAAUGGUUCAAAACCAUACGAAAAGGGUGUUGACAAUUCAGGCUAUAGGUCCUAA